AUGAAAAUAAUAACUAUAUCGAGUUUAGGUCUUUCGUCAUCGAUUCAUACAAAAAAAGAAACAGAAUCUGCAAGUUCAACAAAGGCAAACUCGAAUAUCGAUAUAUUUACUUGCUUUUGGCUUGAUCAAGAUAUUUAUAAGACAGAAGAUAAUCGAAAAACAUUGAAUGAACUAAAACAUAUUAUUGGUCAUCUAAAAGUAUUCGAUAUCGUUGAAGAAUGUGAACAAGCCAUCAGAAAUAUUACACACGAGAAAGUCAUUCUUAUCUGUUCAGAUACCUUAGGCCAUCAAUUAAUUCCACGUCUUCAUGAUCUUGCACAAUUUAGCGCAUGCUAUAUUUUAUGUCGAGAUCAAGCGACCAGCGAACAAUGGGCGAACAAAUAUACAAAAGUGAAAGGUAUUUUUGUUAAUCGAUCAAAGCUCGUUGCUCAAAUUGCCCAAGAUCAAAUUACUCGAAUUAAAGUCGAAGAAUCAGGAACUAUUACAGUUGUGAAUAGCAGUGCACAAUCUUUGGAAAGUCGUAAUGCAAUGUUCAUGUGGUUUCAAUUGUACAUUGAAGUUCUUCUCCGUAUGCAUCAUACAUCUAAUGCACGACAAGAACUCAUUGAUAUUUGCAAAAAAAAUUAUCGAGAAAAUCCUUCAGAACUUUCUAUUAUUAAUGAAUUUGAAUCGACCUACAAAUCAGAAAAUGCCAUCUGGUGGUAUACACGUGAAUGUUGUUUCUACCGUAUUUUGAACAAAGCAUUACGUAUUCAAGAUUUUGAUAUGCUUUUUGUACUUCGAUUUUUUAUCACUGAUCUAUCAAAACAAUUGAAUGAUGAAUAUGAUCGUCGUCUACGUGAAACACCGACACGUGAUAUUAUUCGAGUUUAUCGUGGACAAGCAAUUCAUGUCAAAGAAUUGCAACUAAUAAAAUCAAAUAUAGGUGAAUUUAUUUCGAUGAAUUCAUUCCUUUCAACCAGUCUUCGGCGUUUAACUGCUCUUAGUUUUGUUAAUACGAUUGAACUACAGGAAGAAAUCGAUCGUGUCUUACUCGAAAUCGAUAUUGAUCCACGUGCUAAGACAAAAGCUUUUAGUAAUAUUGAUCGACUAAGUUAUUUUAAAUGUGAAGAUGAAGUUCUUAUUAUGCUUGGUGCACUGUUUCGAAUAAAAUCCGUUGAUAGAGACAAUGAAAAACAAUUGUGGAUUGUGCAUGUUACCUUAGCCAAUGAAGAUGAUUAUCAAUUGAAAGAGACGUUUGCUCAUAUGAAAGAAAAAAUUGGCGAUGAAACAAAUUUGCAUUCUAUGGGAAAAAUUUUAACUGAAAUGGGCGAAUACGAACAAGCACGAAAAUGUUAUAAACGAGUGAUUUACGAAGCUCAAAUUAAUGAAAGCAUCGGAUAUAGUGGUCUUGGAUGGGUCGAUCAUUGGUUAAAUGAAUACGAUACAGCUUUAAAUAAUACUCAAAAAGCUCUAUCGUUAAUUGAUGAACUUUUACCCGAUAUUUGUAACGAAAAAGCUAGAUUGUAUAGCUCUAUGGGUUUAAUUUACUGGAGAAAAAAACAAUAUGAUCAAGCAUUAAAAAAUUUAAAGAAAGCUCUAUAUAUACAAGAAAAGAUUUUACCACCAGACCAUCCAGAUCUCUUAGCUACUUACAAUCGUUUCGCUAUUACAUAUAGUGCGAUGGAUGAAGCACAAAUGGCUUUCGAAUACUACAAUAAAUGUUUGAACAUUCGAUUGGCUACAUUACCUCAUAAUCAUCCUGAUAUUGCUACAUCAUACAACAAUCUUGGCUGGUUAUACAACGAACGUAUAGGUGAUUAUGCCAAGGCAUUAGAUUACUUUCAACAGUCUCUCGCCAUUUGUCGUAAAACAUUGCCACCGACACAUCGAGAUAUCGUUCGAACUGAACAGAAUAUCCUUAAAGCAAUCGAAAAAAUGAAACAGAAAUCAAAGACAAAGACAUAG